GAGCUUGUCUUCCUUAUUAUAUGUAUUCGGAGGGGCUAGGAUGGACUGCAACCAAAAAGUUAACACUGACGCCGAGCUACAGAUACCUAUAGCAGUAUUAAAUCAAAGUGCAUUGUUCAAUUCAAACGAAUAUCUAUUUUCCGCUUGUACUGGAACAUCACAAACUCGUGGAGUUCGUGGAAGUGAGUCUCAGGCUUCGCAGCCUAUACCGCUGAAUGAUUAUUUGCCUUUUAUAAACAAAAGAAAUAGCUGUGAUUCUACUGUUGAAGUUUUUUCCGUGGAUCCAGAGUUAAAGCGUACGCCAGAUUCCUCAUUUCUUUUUAGCGAUCUUUGUCGAAGUUCAGGCAUAGCUGAAAUAACGGGCGGCAGUGGUAGUGGCAAGACUUCAUUUUGCGUGGGUCUGGUUAAUAUUUCAUCUGGAUUAACGUUAUACAUAGAUACAAAUGGAUCUUUGGCUCUCCCUCGUAUAUUGAAUCAAGAACGGUUUCUCUAUCUUCGUCUGUUUGAUCACGAAGAACUGGAUAUAGCGCUUUCUGAAUUCUACGACGCGUUGGUAGAAGACAAUUACCUUGCUCGUUUUAGUAGUAUACGUGCGCGAUCUGUCAGUACAUUAAUUGUCGACUCUUUAUGGCCGCUCUGUUUGUUGUCUUAUGCUGAACGAGUUAAAUACAUCGUUCAACUGUGUUAUGUUUUGCGAGAUAUAUCAUGGACUUAUAAGGUGAUGGUAUUGGUUUGUACUAAUGAUUCCUACUGGGACAACAAACCUAUUGAAAACGAGAAGGACGAACGACAGGAAUCUGUAAAGGAUUACUUCACAUCGCGUUGUUAUGUACAGGUAUCAUUUAAGAACAUCCUUUCUUUUAAUGACUACAAUUGUAGUACAUAUGGAGUAUAUCCCGCAAAACGUGAUCCAAUAACAGGUCGGGUACGCACUUCAUUAGAGGUUCGCCGGUUGAUGAAUAUCUAUGCAGGUACAUGUUUCAGUGGCCAUUCAAUAAAUAUCAGCAUCAAACGCCACGGUUUAGAAAUCUUUAAAGAAUAA